ACCAACCAGCAGCUACAUUCCUUACUCUCUGGCAGGCUCGACGGCUCGUCCCCAGAUCAACUGUGCGAUAUUAUAUCCGCGCGUUCCUCGCAACUUCGAAACGUUGAUAGUCCAUAUGGAAAGCCCACACCGAAGUCACGAGGAGCAGUCGAGGCCGGCUCGGUCACGCUCGCGGAUGGCGUCGUGCUGCAAGUCGACGAAGUGGAGAGGGAGUUCACGCUUGCAAUCAGUGCUCGGUUCGAGAUUGACGAAAUUCAAGCUUUUGUCCUCCUUCGAUCGUUCAUGUAUAAUGAAGGGCUC